UAUUACCCAGGGAAGCCAAUGUGGCCGAGUAAGAUGGCUUCGCUGCGAAGUUGUUCUUUUCUUUCUAUAACACCAGGUUCCUAUUUUGUGUGCCACAUCCUGGGUGUCCUGUUCCUGCUUGUCACCCAGCACGCAUUAGCAAAUCCUGUUUCAAUUUCUGGUACCAUAAAUUCCCAAGAGACAAUGAAUUCCUCUAAGAUCCCUUUCACUACUACUACCCAUUCCAUAUCUGUGACAACCUUAUCACCCACAAGCAAGGGAGAUACCCGGGCAUCCGUAGAACCAGAGAAAACAACAUCAACUAAUACCACAGAUGAAAUCAUGGUAUCAUCUGCAAACAAAAUAACAGAAGAAUGCACGUGUGGUGUGUCUACCUUGGACCCAGAGGAAGACGAUCAUAUCACCACAAGGGUGGUGGGAGGGUUUGUGGCCACCCCCCACUCCCACCCGUGGCAGGUUUUACUCCGCUAUUACCAAGUACCUGUCUGUAGUGCCACCAUCAUCAGUGACCUGUACAUUCUCACUGCCGCACACUGCAUCUUUAUGAUGAAAGACUUCCAAAGAAAGAUAGAAGAGAAAUAUAAGGAAAAAGUACUCAAUGCAAAUGGAAGUGUGGACUUUGGCCAGGUAAGUGUGGCUCUGGGAGUCCACAAUACUGCCAACCUAACAGACACAGAAGUGGUGGGGGUGGAGAGCUUUCUAGUGCACCCCCAGCAUCGGGUGGACGAGGUACACGACACCCAUGACCUGGCUUUGCUGAGGCUCUCACACCGUAUCAACUAUGUGGCACAUAUACAGCCAGUCUGUCUGCCUACCCAAGGAGAGCAAUUCAGUAGCGAAUGGGGUCUCAUUGUUGGCUGGGGCCAGACUGAGUUUAAUGGUUCCAAAUCACAGAAUCUCAAGCAGGCCAAAGUUCGGAUUUUGGAGGACUCUCUCUGUAUCCAAUCCAAGAUGGGGAAACACUUUGCAGAUAGCCCAGAAAGCAUGAUAUGUGCCUACCAGUACAAGACAGAUGCCUGCAAGGGUGACAGUGGAGGGCCAUUGCUUUAUAGGGCUGGCUCAGGCUUCUAUAUCCAAGCAGGUAUUGUGUCAUGGGGAAUAGAAUGCGCCAGGGAAGGCUACCCAGGAGUAUACACGGAAGUGUCAGCUUACACGGACUGGAUUAGGAACAACACCCUUGACGCCAAGUUCUGUUCAAGACCCAAAGAGAAGCAAUCAGCAUAAACAGUGUACCUAGGUUUAAAAAAUGAAUUGCCCAAUUUAAAUGACAAUGUUUUAUUUGUUCCUAUUAUUUAUUACAUGUUAAAUUAUU